GAGAUUGUGACGUCAUCCGUAGUACAAAACGCGUUAGUUGGCUAGGUUUGGGCCACUCCUGAGAGGAAGACAGUUAUAGCAGGACCAGUACCAAGUGUUGGAAGGGAACGACCGUUCAGCUGUAACUAUUCAUCAUGUGUGACGACGAAGUUGCCGCUCUUGUUGUAGACAACGGCUCCGGUAUGUGCAAAGCCGGGUUCGCCGGAGACGAUGCUCCGCGAGCCGUGUUCCCUUCCAUCGUGGGCCGUCCUCGCCACCAGGGUGUGAUGGUGGGUAUGGGUCAGAAAGACAGCUACGUCGGUGAUGAGGCCCAAAGUAAACGUGGUAUCUUGACCCUGAAGUACCCCAUUGAACACGGUAUCGUCACCAACUGGGACGAUAUGGAGAAGAUCUGGCACCACACAUUCUACAAUGAACUCCGUGUUGCCCCCGAGGAACACCCCGUUCUCCUCACAGAAGCUCCCCUUAACCCCAAAGCCAACAGAGAAAAGAUGACCCAGAUCAUGUUUGAAACAUUCAACACCCCAGCCAUGUACGUGGCUAUCCAAGCCGUUCUGUCCCUCUACGCUUCCGGUCGUACUACCGGUAUUGUGCUGGACAGCGGCGACGGUGUUUCUCACACUGUGCCCAUCUACGAAGGUUACGCCCUCCCUCACGCUAUCCUCCGAUUGGACUUGGCUGGUCGGGACUUAACUGACUAUCUGAUGAAAAUCUUGACCGAGCGUGGUUACAGUUUUACCACGACAGCCGAGCGGGAAAUCGUUCGUGAUAUCAAGGAGAAACUCUGCUAUGUCGCUCUGGACUUUGACCAGGAAAUGGCCACCGCUGCUUCCUCCUCUUCUCUCGAGAAGUCCUACGAGUUGCCCGACGGUCAGGUCAUCACCAUCGGUAACGAGAGGUUCCGCUGCCCCGAGGCUCUCUUCCAGCCUUCCUUCUUGGGUAUGGAGUCUUCUGGUAUCCACGAGACCACCUACAACUCUAUCAUGAAGUGCGACAUUGACAUCCGUAAGGAUCUGUACGCCAACACCGUUCUGUCUGGUGGCACCACCAUGUACCCGGGUAUCGCCGACAGGAUGCAGAAAGAGAUCACUGCUCUCGCUCCUAGCACUAUGAAGAUCAAGAUCAUCGCUCCUCCCGAGAGGAAGUACUCCGUCUGGAUCGGCGGAUCCAUCUUGGCUUCUCUGUCCACCUUCCAGCAGAUGUGGAUUUCCAAACAAGAGUACGACGAGUCUGGUCCAAGCAUCGUUCACCGCAAAUGUUUCUAAACCUCAGGACUUUCUGUUCUUGCUUUUCUUCUGCUUUCGUGUGCUCACUCAGCCUUCCUCCCCGACCCUUCACUAUCCUUUGCAGAUAUACUUUUCCAUCUAACUAAUUAUUCGCCAAUAGCGCCACCUCUAGGCCAAGCAGCACACUUUUCUCCAAUAGGGAAGUAAAUUUAUUAAUACGUCCAAUUAUACUCAUUUCAAGAAUUUCAUUAUUUUCUGUAAAAAACAAAUAAAUAUUUAAUAAAAACUUCGGAAAUUUAUUAGUUUCA